UCCUUUACUUGCUGUUGUUCCCUGAAUAAAUUUUCUACAAGAACCCAUAACUCAUCAGAAACUAAUCCUUCCAAAAGAAGACAUGAGGCAAGCUGGGAGGUACUCAGGAUUACUACUCAGCGGAGGCUUAUCAGCGAGAACUGGGCCUCACUCAUUGCCUCUGGCAAGGAUCAAGAAGAUCAUGAAGAAAUCAGGAGAUGAUGUGAAGAUGAUCUCUGGGGAAGCCCCAAUUGUUUUCUCAAAGGCAUGUGAGCUCUUCAUUGAAGAGCUAACAACAAGGUCUUGGAUGGUGACCAUGCAAGGCAAGAGAAGGACUCUUCAUAAAGAGGAUGUUGCCUCUGCUGUUAUAGCCACUGAUAUCUUUGAUUUUCUCGUUAAUUUGGUGGCUAAUAAUUCAAGCAACUCCACGGAUAACACUGAGGAAAUCGGCUCAUGACUCGAUCAUGCACCAUAUAUAUUCCUUCUCAAGCAAAUAUCCUCGUCUUUCUGACUAUUCCUCCAUUAUCAGAAUAAAUUAGCUACAAUCGUUUUCUGAUAUUCUACUAUUUAUUAAGCUUCAUCUUAAUUUUCUACUGAAAUUUUGAUGGCAAGAUCAUUAUCCCAACCUAUGUCAACUCAUUAAUUUGUUUCUUUUUGAGGUAUAAAAUAAAGUUGAUGCAUCCCAUUGGCUAUUGGGUAA